UUUUUGAGGUCUUUGUGCACAUAAUUCCUGUUGACCAUGUUAUGGUGAUCACUGCGCGUUUACUGUACAUCAGAUCAGUUGUGUUACAGGCUAUUGGCAGCUAAGAACAAUCAGCAACUAUGAGCAAUAAGGAAGGCUCAGGUGCAUUUAAAAAACGAAAAAAUGACAAUUUCUCACGACCUCAAAAGAAAGAUGAAAGGGGAAAUGCCGUUGACGUAUCAUCACCUGUGAUCAUUGCUUUUAAAUCAUUUCAGCAAGAGCUGGAUAUAAGGCAUGAUAAAUACGAGCGACUUGUGAAGCUUGGCCGGGAUAUAACUAUUGAAAGCAAACGGACAAUAUUCCUUUUACAUAGAGUCUUAAGUGAACCUAACAAAGAUGAGGUCUUGACUGAAGCAGAAGCCAAAUUAGCUGCUGUUAGACAGAAAAUCAAGCAGAUCGCUCAAGAAUUAGAGGGAGAAGAUAUGCAUCAAUACCACAGAGCAUUUACACCUGGUCUACAAGAGUAUGUAGAAGCUGUGACGUUUCUGCAUUUUAUAACAACAAAAAGCCUUGUUUGCUUGGAAGACAUCAACAGACAAUUAAUAUUUGAAGACAUUGUAAAGAUUCAGGAUGCAAACACAUCAGAGCCACUUGAUGGGCCACUGUCAAGUUCAACAGAUAAGGAGCAAACAAAGCCAAGUAUGCUGAGCGUACAGAUCACUCCUGUGGAUUACCUGCUUGGCGUAGCUGAUCUUACUGGAGAGCUUAUGCGCUUGUGCAUAGGUAGCGUUGGAAACGGUGACAUAGACACUCCCUUUGAACUGAGCCAGUUCUUACGGGAGAUCUUCGACGGAUUCUCUUAUAUUGGAAAUACUGGGCCCUAUGAAAUUUCAAGGAAACUGCACACACUGAAGCAAAGCUUAGCUAAAGUCGAGAAUGCCUGUUAUACUUUAAAAGUUAGAGGGUCAGAGAUUCCCAAGCAUAUGCUUGCAGAUUUAUUUUCCUCCAAAAGUGAACUGAUUGAACACGACGAUGGCAUUUCUUAAGGAGUUUGUUCUUGACUGAAAGUAUGACAGGGCUGCCAGUGGGUUCAUUUCUACUUUAUUAUAUAUUUUAAAAAAUAUAACACGGUCUUGUUUGUAUUGCUUAUACACAAUGAUCACUUUCAGUAAUAUUGAUGUAUACCUUUGGCUGUACUUUAUUUUAACUAUAGUAUUUCAUAUUGUACAGAACUGCAAAUGACCUGUUUUGCUUUAAAUGCAGUUAUCAACGUAAAAUAUACUUAUCAGUUGUUGGCUGUGUUUCCACAUUUCCAAAGUUUGUUUUUUUUUCUCCAGAAAUUAAAGGAAAUAAAGUUAAGUGUCAUUCGUUA